AUGAAAACCUCGGAGGAGCAAAGUUUGGGUACUUCCCUCGGCCAAGGAGCCGUCAUCACCGACGAGUCCGUAACGCCUCCGCCCCUAUCCCCGACCGACGAUAUCCACCCGGACCCGGACCCGGACCCGGACCCGGACCCGAGCCGGCAGGCACUCAAUGUCGAAGCCCCGGACGAGCCCCGGUCAGGAUCCGAACCGACUCAUCAGCCCAGACAGCGAGCAUUCGGUUCCCGCCCAGCAUGUUUCAAGUCCACCCUUCAAGAAACCGCCUUCGUCUUCCAAGCCACCACCGCCACAGCCACAGGCUCCUUCUUCUCCGGCUCCAGCGCCAUCAUCACGGCGUCCAUCGGGCGGGACCUGGGCAUGACACAGGGUGAAAUGACGUGGAUCACGGCGUCGACGUACCUGACGGCGGGCGCGUUCCAGCUCGGGCUGGGCCAGCUCGCUGAUCUUUUGGGCAGGCGGGCCAUGUUUGUGGUCGGGAUGGGGUCCUUUGCCGCCUUUUCGCUGCUCGUUGCCUUUGCGCGGAACCCGCUCUGGAUGGAUGUUGUGUGUGGUGUUGUCGGGGUCUGCUCGGCCAUGGUGGUCCCGCCUGCUAUUGGGAUUAUGGGUGCUGCGUAUGACAGGCCGUCGAAGAGGAAGAAUCUGGCCUUUUCGGCGUUUAGUGCGGGGAAUCCGCUGGGGUUUGUGGUGGGGAGUGUGGUUAGUGGUGUGGCGACUAUGGUCUUUAACUGGCGCGCUGCGUUCGUUCUCAUUGCUAUCCUCUGGGCUGUUUUUACGCUCAUGGUCGUCUGGACGGUGCCCAAGGUCGAGGCGUACCCGCCGGGCCAGCCCUUUCGGGACAGGAUGAAGACGUUUGCCAAGACGUUUGACUUUGUCGGCACGGGUCUCACCGUCUUUGGGACGGGCUUGCUGACGGCUGCCGUAACUCUCGGGCCUACCGACGGAUGGAACGGGGCUCACAUCAUUGCCAUGCUCGUCCUCGGAGUGCUGCUCCUGGUGCUCUUUGUCUAUUGGGAACGUGUGUUCCCGACCCCCCUGAUGCCGCCACACAUCUGGAAAGACCGAAACUUUACUCUCAUCAUGCUGACCUGCCUACCCGGCUACAUGAGUUUCUUCUCGGCCCAGUUCUGGAUCGCCUUCUUCAUGCAGGAGCUUCAGGGGCUGUCGGCGCUCACCGUGGCCCUGCAUUUGCUUCCGCAGGCCAUCGCCGGCUUGAUCUACAACGUCAUCGCCGGAUCGGUGCUGCAUCGCAUCAACAACACGCUUCUUCUGGCCAUGGGCUCCGUCACCUACAUCGCGUCGAACGUGUUGUUUUCCCUCAUGAGGCCGGAUAGUCUGUACUGGGCCUUUGUCUUUCCGGCUCUGAUCUUGAGUGUCGUGGGAGCCGACUUUCAGUUCAACAUUGCCAAUAUGUACGUCAUGCAGUCGCUGCCCUCGCACCAGCAAGCGCUGGCCGGCGGCAUAUUCAACACGCUCCUCCGGCUCGGCGCAGCCAUUGCCCUGGGCCUGUCGACUGCCGUCUUCACCUCGGUCUCCCAGACGCCCGCGGCCCUUGCAGACCCCAUGCUUCCCUACGCCCGGGCUUUCCAGGUCUCGAUCGGGCUGAGUGCCGCCAGCUUCCUCUUUCUGCCCUUUGUCAGGCUGGGCACUCAGGGCCACGCUCAUGGCAGUGUAGACAAUGCUACUACUGGUACUACUGGUAGCAGUAGUACAGGUUUAUCAAGUACUGCUAAGGUACCGGGCGUUGCCACGCCUGAGAAGAAAACAGUUGUGGCUAAGUAG